UGUAGAGCGUCUGACCGCCGGUGGGCGAGUCGGGGUGUGUCUGCGAGCUAGGGAGCGUGCGUUUCAGCCGGCGAGGCAAAGGCGUCUGCAUACUGAAUGAUAAUAUGCAGCAUACUCGGAAACUGACACUUUUUCGACAGUAACCUGACACUUGUUUAUCGGUUUGGCAAGACAGCGUUGGAAACAUGAAGAAACACCAGAGCCCGGCCAAGCUACCGGUUGAAGUCAGUGUGCCAGACGGUGAAGCUACUGUGCAACAACUCAACGAGCUAUUGUCAAACGGCAGCGGAUUUUACAGUUUACCAGCACAACAUUUCAACGAGGUGUUUCCUCGGAUUUACAUUGGCAACGCGUUUGUGGCCCAGAAUGUGAUGCGUCUGCAGAAGCUGGGGGUGACGCACAUCCUCAACACAGCAGAGGGCAACUCUUUCAUGCAUGUGAAUACCAAUGCAGAGUUCUAUGCAGGUACCGGCAUUACCUACCAUGGCAUCAAGGCCAACGACACAGAGCGAUUUGACCUCAGUGCCUUCUUUGAGGAGGGGGCCGAGUUUAUCGACAAGGCCCUGUCUGGUAAAGCAGGGAAAGUAUACGUUCACUGCCGAGAGGGCUACAGCCGCUCUCCCACCACUGUCAUCGCGUACCUCAUGCUCCGCCACAAGAUGGACGUGAGGGUUGCCAUGGCGACCGUAAGACACAAGCGAGAGAUCGGGCCCAACGACGGGUUCCUCCGCCAGCUGUGCGAACUCAACGAGAAGCUGGCCAAGGAGGGCAAACUCAAGACCAAAUGAGAGGAGGAUGCCACCCCCUCCUGGGGCUUCCCCAGUUCUGCAUGAGAACUACCACUGGGCUGAUUGGGGACUCAAAUCUGCACCAGGCCAGCUGCAUACUGAUAAAUUCACACAAAACACACACAACACAUGUAUAAUUAUACAGGUACUUACAUACCACACACACAUACAGUUUACCAACUUUAUAUAAUCCCGGAAACAUUUUAUCACCAUUACAACUCAUCACCAUGCCGGUGUGGUAAGGUGGGUGUAUGUAAGCUUCAGUGAAGGAUGGGGAAGCAGGCUUCUAAUUUCUCCAUCAGUCUCAACUCAUGAUUACUUCCCCCUUCUUGUAUCUCACCUCACAAAACAACCUCCACAGGUACAGAAUAGUGUUCACCACUGUCACUGUUCCACCUGUUAAGCAUUCCUGUGAUCACAGUUUAGUAUGUGUCGCAUUGUCCAAUUUUGGAGCUCGAGGGCCCAGACACCUAGAUGAUAGCACAAUCAUUCCAUAGUUUCCCACUGCCGUUCCCUACCCCGUAUGUGUACGCAGGGUCACAAUGUUGAGGCACCUAACAAAACAGGAGUGUCUGUUGACCUCCUUAAAUAGAGCACCAGGAUUUUCCAUCAUGUCACACAGGGUCAGUGCUGUUUUGGGGUUAGAUUGAAGACUCAAAACCUCUUGAGAAAAAUGAUGUCUCUAUGUCAUGUAUUUUUAUCUCACAUUCUUCCUGAAACUAGGUUAGAUAGUUGGAAUCCUCAGAGGGUUUUCUAGCAAUCAGACUCGUCUCUGCUGAUAGUGUUCAGCAAUAAUUAACCCCAGAGCCUGACCUUAAAAAAAAACUAACAUUCCAUGCUAGGUCAUAAAGGAGCCCCUAGCCUUGCCUGUACACAUACACACGACAGAACACCUGAUCCAGGUAACUGUCCAGUUCUGUGCAGCAGUGACAUUGCCUCGACUACUCCCAUACAACAGUUGUGUACAUAGUCUGGCACAUUUACUAGAAAAGCCCACUUGAGUAGCAAACCACAGCCUUGCCAUGCCAGUUAGUCACUGCCAAAACACACCAUUAAAGGACAAGGCUCAGGUUUUUAAAGUUAAGCUCUAUCUUUUGCUGUUUUAAUAGCAAACUCUCCAUUAGCAUUUUACUUUGACAAUCAUUUUGACAUGUCUCAGUGUCCUGUAAUACAACGUUAUACAAUAUAUAUCAAAAUGAUAUCAACUGUUUUACUUGAACAAUAACAAAGUCUGAAUGAAAAGAAUGAAACAAUGUAUUUUAUAUCUUACCACAGUCAUUCAUAUGAAGUUUAUUUACAUCUUGAAUCCAACUUAAUCAACUAAAAAUGAAUAUGUUACACUGAGGCUUUUUUGUUUAAAAAAAGCCCCAUUCACUGCCAUUGUGAGUUGUUCCCCAUCAACAUAUUUUCCCCUCUGUUUGAAGUAUACUGAAACUUGAGAAAAAAAUUGUCGGUGGCAAUGGUCAGUAUGCCAUUACUGUAGCACCUAGGAAUUAGGUUAGAAAACACUGAACUUGUCCUUCAAAAGAAAUGUCCAUCGAAUCACUGUAAAUCACUGUCCAUUCAAGAUCUCCCAAAAACUGCGAACACACCAGUCACCCGCUGUCGCCUUGGUCCAUAUGCACACCCAUUAGGAAUAUUCUGUAGUGAGUUUCUUAUUAGAAUGGGGGGGGGAAACAGUCAUACCAGAUUUUACGCUUAUGGUUCUAUCUUAACGACAUUAGUUAUGAUCUGAUUUAGUGACUGAGCAUAAUCCCACAUGCUACUCUACAUAGCAACACCCAGUGUCUCAUCUUGUUCUCUAUAUCGUAAAGAGGACAUGGCAUUUAUGGAUGGAUGUACUCUACGAAUGUGCAGUAUGAACGAAUCAGAGUAUCAAAAUGGCCUCUUCCCCAAGGGGUGUUUUGUCCUUACUGUCUGGCUUUGGUAGGGCAAGAGAGCUCAGUGGCUAUGACCCACAGCCACAGUGAACAUUUCAUCCUUAUCAGGGAACGCUAACGCGGGGGCUCAGCCAGUCUCUUCCUAUAUGACAACCAGGAUCACUUCCAUUUGGAUUGAGUGCACAAAAAAGAGGGUUCGGGCAAUCAUUAGUUCCCCCACGUCAGAUCGAUUGAACUUGUGACCACAGGCCCCAGGGGUGAUUUGUGUGUUCGCAAUGAGCUAGGGUCCUUCAUAAAUCACACAUCUCCACUCCACCACACACGCACACACACACACACACAUACACACGCACAGACAUACACACACCAAACUAUUUAAGUUGUGCCACAAGACACAGUAUAGGCUAGUCCCUCUCUUCAUAUACAUGUACAGAUAUAUACAUAUAGAUAUAUACAUGUAUAUACAUAUUUAAGUGUUGACAUAUAUGAAUGUAUAAUAAAUGUAUCUAUGAUGUAUAGGUAUUAUCAGUACAUGUGUUAGUUGGUUAAGGUAACUAUUCAGCAUAGUCUCUGUAGCUUAACCUCACAUUGUAGUGUUAUAACUUUCACCCACAAAUACUGCUCCCACUAAAACAUCAUCAUAACAUGUUAUGAAUUUCCAUAUCUCAUAUCGUAUAUAUAUAGUGCCUGUUUUAUAUAUGUGUCAAAACUAUCAAGAAAACAUCACAAUUCUUGUUUCAUGGGCUGUUGUUUUUUAGUUUUUAUAUAUAUAUGUGUGUAAGUCAGCAGAUGUUAAGAUGGCUUUGUGUUAUAACUGUGAUGCUUUUAAAGUUUUAAUUUGUGUCAGUUAUAGUUGUCAUCGUGAUCAUCAGUGAUGUCAGUAAGAGGGUCCACUGUAAGUCUGCCGUGAAGGCAUUACAUUACAUCUUACCUAUCAUCGAUGCUGCUUCUCAUUGCUGCACACAUUGUUUUAUUUUCUAAGAAACAAUUAAAUCAAAUUAUACAAUUAUAUAACACACAUUCUCUAUAAACAUUCCUGUAUAAUCUGGAGACAUAGGCUUUGUACAACCUUAAUGACUGUAGUUAUAUACACUAUAACCUGUGUGCCCACACACACAAAUUGUAUACAGUGAACCAAUGAGGAUUGUCUGUGCCAAGUAAAGCACCAAAAUGAAUGAAUAGAAAUAAAUGUUUACAAACAUUUUUCUAAAUUUGAAGCUUAACUUGGCCCUAUAACUCUUCAUGUCCUAGUGACAAGUUAUAAGCAUGAUUUUUGUCAAGUAAUAAAGAGCUCACUCAAUCAAUUAGAUAGAAUAAGACACCAUUUCUGGCCUAUUGGUCUAAGAUGGUAUGUGUCACUUAAGUUGGACAUUCUACUGUCACAGACUCUUUGGGUCACUGGCUAAUAGAUGACAAAUAUAUGAUUUAAGGCAUAUAGUUGGCUUAGAGUGACUGUGCACUGGCUAGAGCAUGACUAUGAGAUCUUGUGUGAUUAUGUGGUUCAACAUGAUUGUACUUAGAGUGAUAUUGUUUACAGUGAACACACUCUUAAAUAGACGAUAUAACUGGUGGAAGAUGCAACACUGCCACCUACUGUUGACCAGCUCUAGUAGUUUGCACAAAAACUCCUUCAAAAAUGUAUUUGUCAAUUAUACUGAAGUAAUCUGAUUAUA